ACAAAGAUCGUUGUAAACAAGUUGUGUAAAUUUUUAUUUGGUAAUGGGUACAUGCUAGAUUGAAUUUUUAUACGUGGAAAGAUGUAUACCUAUACAAUAUUGAAUUCUCGUAAAGCAGGAGGAAAAGGAAAUAGACGAUGGUGUAAAAAUUGAAUCGGGUAAUGCUACUCUGAAAACAGUUGAAGUGUAUAUCCAUGAUUUUGUGAACAGUGCAUUACGUGAUUGAAUCUCGACAGAACAGUAGGAAAUGAGUACGCAAUAUCUUUAUAAGACUGGAGAUGCGCAUCCAAUAUUUUUGAAAACAGCUGAAGUGGGUAUGCAGGAUUUUGUUAACACCUGAAAUGGGUAUACUGGGUUUUGGAAUCAGUUGAAACGGGGACGCUAGUUUUUGCACAGACUGGAAGUGGGUCUGUAGAGCAUUGAUGCAGUUCCAGUCCAAUUGAAUUUCAACCGAAAAAUAUGAGUGGGGAAUCUCCUCAACAAAAUAUUUUAAACCAAGGCGGGCCGCAAGUCUGCAACCCUGUCACAGCUACUGGUACCACCAUGAUACCCAAUUCAGUAGUAGGCAGCCCAGGGGUGGACUCAGCCAUUGGUGCUUCAGCUCAGCUCAACCCCAUUUCGAACCCCAUUCAGGCGUCCUCCAAUCAAGGACAGUUGCCGUCCAAUCAGGGUCAGAUGACCCAAAACAUAGGGCUGAACAAUUUCCAACAAGGUUUGGUACAAGGACAAGGACCGUCUCCGAUUACAAGCCAAAAACUUAGACAGCAACAGCAGAUGAUGAUGCUUUCGUCUACUUCUGCUCAACAGAACAUGGGCUCCAAUGCCAAUCAUUCCCCAACAGGAGUUAUGCAUCGAUCGGCUUCAGUUCCUCGCAUCAACCCAUCACAGCAGUACAAUUCAUCGAGGUCUCCUACAAUAUAUGGGCAUUCUCAGUUGCCAUUCAGUCACCCUUUACAACAUCAGCAGCAGCAACAACAAUUGAGUGGAUUGACAAGGUCUGCUAUGAUGGGGCAAGGUCAAGGCCCCGGUCACAUUUCAAUGCUCUCAGGACAGGCUGGUCAGCUUUCUAAUUUUCAAUCCCAAUUCCUGUCACAACAGGUAAGGCAAAAACAACCACAAAUUCAGAGCUCUCAGUUUCAACAGUUGGUUUCUUCAGGGCAGCCCUUGCAAGGCAUGCAAAUUGGAUUAAUGAGCUCACUUGGUACAGGCACACAAAAUAGAAUGAAUGGGACCCUUGUUUAUUCACAACAACGAAUGGCACAAGGGCCACUAAGAUCACCACCUACACCUCAACAGCAAGCACUCUCUUCUCCUCAGAAGAUACAGACACAAAAUAUGUCAAGAGUUCCAUCUGUAGGAUCUUUGAAUUCUCAAUUAACUGGCCUUUCCCAAGGUGGGCAAUCUGCUCUUUCAAGUUCACUUCCACAUACACCACAGUGGCCAAAGAUGCAACAGUCCAGCUUACCCCUUUCAGCUUCACCUUCCUACCAACUUCAGCAGCAUCAAAGGCAGCAGCAGGCCCAAUUACAACAGCAGACACCCCCAUCACCCUCACAACAACAACCAACAUUAUCUCAUCCACAGCAACUAUCUCAACAACAGAACUCAUCACAACUGCAGCAACAUCAACUUCAACAGGCUGUUCAGCCACAACCAAUAUCUCGUAUGCCUUCCUUGACAGUCCAGAAGCCUUCAACACCAACAGGAUCUCAGCCUGCCAUCCCUACAUCAAGUGUUGCCCUCCCAGCAGGAAGUAACAAUCAAGGAAAUGAAGGCAGCCCUCAAAUUCUUGGAAAGAGAAGCAUUGAAGAUUUAGUUGCCCAGGUUGAUCCGACCAUCAAGUUAGAUCCUGAUGUUAUAGACCUCCUUUUAGAGUUAGCAGAAGAGUACUAUCAAUCGGCAGAGAUCAAUGCAAUUGCAUAUGCAAAACAUCGGAAAUCGACCAGUGUAGAAGAAAAGGAUAUGUUGUUGCAUUUAAAGAAAAACUGUCGUCUGUCAAUCCCUGGCUAUGCUACCAAGGAAUUCAACAAAAAUAAGAGGAUGUCUUUCAAUGAAGUUCAUAUGGAACGGCUUGCUAAGAUUCAAAAAUCAAUGGCAGCGCCACAAGUGGAAUCUGAGGCAGUAGUUAACAACGGUACCACCGGACAACUUACUGGAAGCUCUAAUUCCGGACUUCAGGUAGCAAAAGCACUACAGAGUUCAGUUCCAACUGUCGCAUCUUCGAUGGGUUCACCUGGUGUACCAAAAAAAUGAGGUUUUCAAAAAAUAUGGUUGGCGAAAAUAAAUAACCAGAGCCAUCACCUGUAAAUUUUUGUAUGCAAAGGCAACAUUCAAAUUUGCAGCCUUAAAUUUUCCUUAUGUGUUGCUUCUGGAUUUAUUGCUAGUUUUCAUUGAUGAGUGUUAUCUUGUCCAAUGUCUGUUCAUUUGAAAUUUCCAGAGGCAGCAUUGCCACCUGUGAGGAUCCCUUGUAAAGAAGGUAAUGUCAUAUUUUAUAAGUUAUAGGCUGCCAUCUUUUUGUGUUUGUAAGUAAGGUUCUUCGUAUUCAUAUAUUCUUCACCAAUAAGUUAUGUUUUUAAAAUCA